CCGGCCCCGCGCCCCGCACCCGCCCUGGCCCCUGGCCCCGGCCCCGGCCCCGCGCCCCCACCCGCGGGCGCGCCGGCCUCGGACAUGGAGCCGCUGCUCCUAGCCUGGAGCUACUUUAGGCGCAGGAGGUUCCAGCUCUGCGCUGAUCUGUGCACGCAGAUGCUGGAGAAGUCCCCUUGUGACCAGGAACCAGAUCCUGCAUUGCCAGUGUCUCAGGCAGCCUGGAUUUUGAAAGCACGAGCACUGACUGAAAUGGUGUACGUGGAUGAAAUCGACGUAGAUCAGGAAGGAAUCGCAGAAAUGAUACUGGAUGAGAAUGCUAUUGCUCAAGUUCCCCGCCCUGGAACGUCUCUGAAACUCCCCGGGACUAAUCAGACCGGAGGGCCAAGCCCCGCUGUCAGGCCGGUCACUCAAGCUGGAAGACCCAUUACAGGUUUCCUGAGGCCCAGCACGCAAAGCGGAAGGCCAGGCACUAUGGAGCAGGCCAUCAGAACGCCGAGGACCGCCUACACUGCCCGGCCCAUCGCCAGCUCGUCCGGGAGGUUUGUCAGGCUGGGAACGGCUUCCAUGCUUACAAGUCCUGAUGGACCUUUUAUAAAUUUAUCUAGACUGAAUUUAGCAAAAUAUGCCCAGAAACCUAAAUUGGCAAAGGCUCUGUUUGAAUAUAUCUUUCAUCAUGAAAAUGAUGUUAAGACUGCUUUGGAUUUGGCUGCCCUUUCCACGGAGCAUUCUCAGUACAAGGACUGGUGGUGGAAAGUGCAGAUUGGAAAAUGUUACUACAGGUUAGGAUUGUAUCGGGAAGCAGAGAAACAGUUUAAAUCAGCCCUGAAGCAGCAAGAAAUGGUAGAUACAUUUCUCUACUUGGCAAAAGUUUACAUCUCAUUGGAUCAGCCCGUGACUGCUUUAAAUCUUUUCAAACAAGGCUUAGACAAGUUUCCAGGAGAGGUAACCCUACUUUGUGGAAUUGCCAGGAUCUAUGAGGAGAUGAACAAUAUUUCAUCAGCCACUGAAUACUACAAAGAGGUUUUGAAACAAGACAAUACUCACGUGGAAGCCAUUGCGUGCAUUGGAAGCAACCACUUCUACUCUGACCAGCCAGAAGUGGCGCUCCGGUUUUACAGGCGACUCCUCCAGAUGGGUGUUUACAACUGCCAGCUUUUUAACAACCUGGGGCUGUGUUGCUUCUACGCGCAGCAGUACGAUAUGACUCUGACCUCGUUUGAACGUGCCCUUUCUCUGGCUGAAAAUGAAGAAGAGGUAGCUGACGUCUGGUACAACUUGGGACAUGUCGCUGUGGGAAUAGGGGACACAAACCUGGCCCUCCAGUGCUUCCGGCUGGCUCUGGUGAGCAACAACCACCACACAGAGGCCUACAACAACCUGGCCGUGCUGGAGAUGCGGAGGGGCCACGUGGAGCAGGCAAAAGCACUGUUACAAACUGCAUCAUCUUUAGCACCCCAUAUGUACGAGCCACAUUUUAAUUUUGCAACAAUUUCUGAUAAGAUUGGAGAUCUACAGAGGAGUUAUGCUGCUGCUAAGAAGUCUGAAGCAGCAUUUCCAGAUCACGUGGACACUCAACACUUAAUUAAGCAGUUAGAGCAGCAUUUUGCUAUGCUCUGAUUUUUCCUCAGUUAAAUAUAUUCAUAUAUAGAUAUAUAUGUGUGUGUGUGUAUGUGUGUAUUUAGGGAAAAAGUAGUAGUAUAUAUAUAUAUAUUUGUAAUACAAACCUGUGCUUGAUAUUAGUGAAAGUGACAUAGUGGGAUUUAAACCAGAAUGUUUAAAACUGUAUAAUAAUAACUUUAUAAGAUAAUAUCAUAAAAGACAAGAUUUAAUCUCUUGUAAGCAGAUCAUGAACUCUCCCACGGUAUAUGGUAGAUGUUUGUUUACAAUGUUUACAAAAAAAUUUCAUGAAUUUCUUCAAAUUCUUAAAAAUAUACAUUGUUAAUGUCCUUUAGCUAGCCUGUAGCUUAGGAGGUGUGAAAUCUGCCUUUAAAGUUGCACUUUUAUGGCUAAAAAUUAUAUACUUACCCUUGGUACAGACUUUAGAAAUUAAACGUUGUAUUUCAAACUAUUUUUUAUGAAAUGCUUUGUGAGACAUUCUACAUUUUCUUAUAUAUUAUGCUUUAAAUAAAUGUGUAUGAAACACCA